UGAUGUGGUGCUGAAGCUAAUGACGGACUGCGAGAAUUCCGCGAGGUACUUUGACAGAUCCUUGCGGGACCCAAUGGUGCAGUUACAAAGGGAAUUUCUUCGGGAGAUUGCGGGUGUGAAAGUCUCGCCUGAUAAGUUGCUGUUUAAGGAGUUUAACCAGCGCCCCUUGCAUGUCUUCUGGCUGGAACUGUUUCUGAGGUUUUGGAAUGACCUGGUCAAGCAGAAGGACACGGUCUACCACCAGACGUUGCGAGGUGAAAUUCGUUCGGCUCUCAGUACUGAGCAUUAUGAUGGCUGGGGUUCUAAGGUGUUGAAGAUUCUGAAAAUGUUAGGGACGGAUUUGACGGCCUUGGGGGGUGAAUUGGACUUGAAUGCGCGUGUGGAACGUAUUGCUGGCACGGAGCUAAAUGUGUCUGCUCUCACUAAAAAGUUUGCUGAUAGAAUGGAUGCGGAUUGGGAGGAUAGGAGUUUGGAAGAUGACCCGCGGCUUUUCAACCCAGUAGACCCCGUACCAGGGGUUGGAGUUAAGAUGUGCAGGUACAAAAAUUGGAUGGGUGACCCGGUUGACAGGGGGUACAUUACUCAGCGGCAGCAUGUGAACCUGAUGCGUUUUCGGCUGUGUGUGUGGGGCAUUGAAGCCAAUCGCCCUAGGGGUAGGCAACGAGUAGCGCGUGUCUGUCCUAUGUGUGUAACGUGGCGCGAACUGACUUAGACGAAGACGAGAGAAGGCGCCACUUAAGGCGCAGUCCGAAAAGAUGGUGUUGAAAAACACCGGGGAGCCAGAGGCUAUAUGCAGUCGGCGUAGACAGUGAUAAUGGUCUCGGAGCCAGUCGUAUCAGAUCACGCGGGCCCAGUGUACCGAUGUACCUGGCCGCACAUGAAUAAUCAUAGCUCAGGAAUUACCUUGAGUUACGUUAACUAUCCGGUACACACUGAUACUCGGAAGUAAUGACAUGUAAUGAUCAUGACUGAUAGCAAUUACGGUCCGGGACUUUGAUUCCUCUGUUUUGCCUCGGAAUUUCUUAAGUCCGAUUCUUAUCGUUACAUUCCUCCCCACCUAGAGCGAGAGUCCCUGCGAGCUUAUGUUUGCUCCUUGUUGGCACGUCGCUCCGUCGUACCGUGCUAUUGACGUGUACGUUUUGAUGGCUUCCCCUCGGCUGUGGCUGCCACACGUUUUUGCUGUGCUGGUCCAUCAGCUCGUGUUUUCCGCACCUGUGUAGCAUGGGUGGCCCAAUACUCGUCUAUUGCUGCUUCUGUGAUGUUGAGUUCGGGCUCCCAGCUGUUGUGCUCUGGUCCGUAGCCUUCCCAUGCAACAAGAUACUCACGUCGUGUUUUCCUGCCAUGCUUAAUGUCUCGGUGGGCUAGUAGUCUGCUGACGGCCCAGUAGGCGCCGUCCUCCAGCACUGCCACGGGACCAGCCGGCGUGCGUCCUGUGCCUUCUUUGAAGGGCUUGAUGAGGGACACAUGGAAUACGUUGUGGCACUUGUAUGAUGGUGGUAGGUCUAGCUUGACCGCGACGGGUCCUAUGCGCUCUAGUAUAGUGAAGGGUCCUAUCCAAAGUGGUAGCAGUUUGGUUGUACCAGGGUGCCGUAGCCGAAUGUUCUUCGUGCUUAACAGUACCUUCUGUCCCUUCUUGAAUUGAGCGUCACGGCGAGCUGUGUCGGCGUAUUUCUUGUAUCGGUCCUGCGCUUUGGCAAUGAACCGUUUGGCGAUUUCCAACUGCUCUUUCAUGUCCGUACAGAAUCGUGCUGCUGCCGGCACGGGGCUGUUCUCCAUGCCUAGCAAUGUGGGUAGGCGUGGUGUACGGCAGUAGUUUAGUUGGAAAGGUGUUGCCUUGAUGGACUCUUGGUAUGUAUUGUUGAUUGCAAACUCGGCUAAGGAGAGCUUGACAUCCCAAUCAGUUUGCGCUGGAUUUACGUAGUUGCGUAGGAUUUCCUGCAACAAGCGAUGCAUUCUUUCCGUUUGCCCAUCCGUUUGUGGGUGGUAAGCGGUUGACAGCUUUCGUUCGGUACCAGUGAGGCGCAGUAGCUCAGUCCAGAAUUUGCUAAUGAACUGGGGUCCACGAUCCGAAACCACUUCUUCCGGGAAUCCAUGGUGGCGGAAGACAUUAUCGAGGUAUAGCUGGGCUAAGUCUUCAGCUGUCACAUCUUCGGUUGUGGGAGCGACCCGACACAUCUUUGUAAGACGAUCAACGAAGGUGACUAUGGUAUCGUACCCCGCCGUGGUUUUUGGCAGGUGUGUGAUGAAGUCCAUUGACACACUCCCCCAUGCGGCAGUAGGAAUGGGCAAUGGUUGUAGCAACCCUGCGGGCUUCUCAUGCGGUGGUUUAUUCCGCUGGCAUAGCUCGCAUGCAGAGACAUGGCGUCCCACGUCUACUGUCAUUCCAGGCCACCAGAACUCCCUGCGGCAGAGUUCCAAAGUGCGGGUUAUUCCGCGGUGUCCUGCAUAAGGUGAGCUGUGCAGCUCCCUUAUGAUUCGGUUGCGUAGGUCAUUGUGUUCCGGAACCACAAUCAGACCACCACGUCGGUAGUAACCGUCUUCAUCAUGUACGAUUCCCAUUUUUGUACGGAAGCGUUGGUCUGCAAGUGACUCGUCCGCUUCGUAUCCCUCGAGAAUGAGUUUCGGCAAAUCUGAUGAUACUGUGUACCUUGCUUGCACUUGUGCAGCUAGAGCUGUAGAAUGCAUUCUGCUCAAUGGAUCAGCAACAUUUAUCCGACCUGGCCUGUACUCCC